AUGAAGCCUGGGAAGGCAGUGAGGGUGUGUGUGAUUGGUGACUCUCAAGUGGGAAAGACAUCCCUCAUCACAGCAGCAGCUACUGAGUCUUUUCCUGAUAACCCACCGCCUCUGCUUCCAGCGACAAGAUUAGGUGCUGAUGCGACACCAGAAGGUGUUCCACUGAUCAUCACAGAUACAUCAUCGCGUCCAGAAGACAAGCCAGCUCUGGAAUUGGCGUGCCUGAACUCUGAUGUGAUCAUCCUGGCGUAUGACACAGGGAAUCCUCGCACUCUCAAUCGAAUCACAGAAGUGUGGGUGCCGGAGCUGCAACGUCUUGGUGUGAAGGUGCCCCUUCUCCUGGUGGGAUGCAAGAGCGAUCUGAGGCCACAGGACCAGAACAUGCAGCAGGUGGUGGUACCAGUGCUGGCAAAGUGCAAGGAGAUCGAGUCCUGCCUGGACUGCUCAGCCAAGAACCUCAUCUUUGUCAGCGAGGUGUUCUACUAUGCUGUGAAGGCUGUAGUGCACCCAGUGGCGCCCCUCUUUGAUGUCCACGCUCACAAUGGCGUCGGCGCGCUACGUCCGCUGUGCAUCAAGGCUCUCAUGCGCAUUUUUGCCAUGUGCGACAAUGACAGGGACGGGACGCUGAACGACGCAGAGCUGAAUGAUUUCCAGGUGCAGUGCUUCUCAGCACCGCUGCAGCCUGAGGAGCUGGCAGGGGUCAAGAAAGUGGUGGCCCAGAAGAUGCCACAGGGUGUGAGCAACAACGGGCUGACGCUGCCGGGCUUCCUUUUUCUGCACGCGCUGUUCAUCGAGCGGGGGAGGCUGGAGACUACCUGGGCGGUCCUGCGCAAAUUUGGGUACAACAAUGAGCUGCAGCUCUCCGAAGAGGCCCUGGGGGUGAUCAGUUUCCAGCGCUCACCCGACCAGGUGGUGGAGCUGACGCGGGAGGGCGUUGACUUUUUGGAGCAGCGGUUCGCGCAAUUUGACAAGGACGGCGACGGCCGCCUGUCACCCGCGGAACAGGACGACAUGUUUGCAUGCGCGCCAUCCAGGCGUGGGUUCCUGUCUCGGUGGGCGUUCACUACCGCGGUGGACCCCCGCGCGACGCUGGAGCACUGCUUGUUGCUGGGGCACCGAGGGGACCCGGCACCGCUCUUCUGCAUCAGCCGCCCGCGCCGCGCCGAGCGCAAAUCCGACGCGCCCGGCCGCACCGUGUUUCAGGGGUUUGCGCCGCGCGCAGGGGGCGUUGAGCCGGCGGCGACGCUGAUAAUGCGAGAGGUCGGAGAGGGCGCGGCCGAGGAUGUGCUUUCCAGAACAGGCAACGCCCCGGGAGCGCCAGAUCUGGCAGAGGCUGACGCAGCGCUUUUCAUAUUCGACUGUUCGAAUUUGAAUUCGCUGCGAACCGCCAUGCAGCUUCUGCAUCGGACGGCGGCGGCUGCCGGUGAUGCGCUGCCUUGCGUGCUGCUUGCUGCAAAGGAUGACCUCGGCAUGUCACCGGAAGUGGAGGCUGCCUGUGCAGAGGCGUGCGCUGAGCUGGCGAUGCCCAUGCCACUGGCAAUGUCUCUAUCCGGCGGCGAUGCUGCAAGAAUCCCUCAGCAGCUGCUCUCCAUUCUGCGCAGCCCCGAUGGCGCCAUUCCCCUGACACCAUCCCUCAAGGUGUGUCACAUUUGA